UCAAUGAUUGAUGGCGAUGGCUGCCAAUAAAAAAACAGGACAAUCUUGGGUUUCUCAGUCCCCAUUUCCCCAUAACAACCAAGAAAAAGUUGAAGUGCUUCAUCUUCUCAGUUCAAUAAUCAAUUGGUGAAGUUGGAUUGUAUCUGUUUCUGUGUGGCAGAUAAUUGCUCUCCAUGUCUGUUGAACGAACUUUCAAGAAGCUAGUUUCUGGUGUCAUCCUUGAUUUGGAUGGUACACUUCUUAAUACAGAUGGCAUUGUGAGUGAGAUUUUAAAGGUUUUCUUAGUUAAGUAUGGAAAGCAAUGGGAUGGGAGAGAAGCUCCCCACAUAGUAGGGAAAACCCCAACAGAAGCUGCUGCUGCCGUUGUUGAAGAUUAUGGGCUGCCACUGUCAAGAGAUGAAUUUCUUUCGCAAUUUUACCCAAUGCUGUCUGAUCAGUGGCGCAAUAUCAAAGCUCUUCCAGGGGCCAAUCGAUUGAUUAACCAUUUGAGCGGUCAUGGUGUACCCAUGGCAUUGGCGUCAAAUUCUUCUAAAUCUAACAUUGAGGCCAAAAUUUUUCAUCAUGCAGGAUGGAAAGAGUCCUUCUCAGCUAUUGUUGGAGGAGAUGAAGUGAAAGCUGGAAAGCCGUCUCCGGAAAUAUUUCUUGAAGCAGCUAAAAGACUCAACAUGGAUCCAUCCAGCUUUCUUGUCAUUGAAGAUUCAAUACCAGGUGUUACUGCUGGUAAAGAUGCUGGAAUGGCAGUAGUUGCUGUACCAUCUCUUGCAAAGCAGUCUCAUCUUUAUACCUCUGCUGAUGAAGUGAUCAAUUCUCUUCUAGAUUUGCAACUAGAAAAGUGGGGACUACCUGCAUUUCAAGAUAGGAUAGAAGGUACUUUGCCUUUAGAACCUUGGUAUAUAGGUGGUCCUGUCAUUAAGGGAUUUGGGCGCGGCUCAAAGGUUCUCGGGAUCCCCACAGCUAAUUUAUCCCCACAAGGUUAUUCAGCCAUUCUUUCAGAACAUCCAGCGGGUGUAUAUUUUGGAUGGGCAGGACUAUCAGGUCGAGGUGUCUACAAGAUGGUCAUGAGCAUUGGUUGGAAUCCUUUCUUCAACAAUACAGAGAAGACGGUUGAACCAUGGUUGCUUCAUGACUUCAAUGAGGACUUCUAUGGUGAGGAAUUGCAUCUAGUUGUUGUGGGCUACAUACGGCCGGAGGCCAACUUUUCGUCACUUGAAGCCUUGAUAGCAAAAAUUCACGAGGACAGGAAGAUUGCAGAAAGAGCUCUCGAACUUCCUCAAUACUUGAAGUACAAGGACGAUCCAUACCUUAAAAGUUCUCUGCAUCAACAAAAUUGAUCAUUGAAGUGUUGAAGUUCAUUAUUGUUCUGAUUGGGAUUGUAUCUGUUUAUUCUGUCCUAAUUCCUCAGACUACAAUAGUCUCCCCAUCAAAAUGCUCUAUACAAUAAAAAGAUAAAAAGAAUUUGAAUGUAUAGCUAUUCAGAAGUUAAAGAACCUUCCAGGGGGUAUUAGUGAAUGGCAAAGGGUUCAAGUGCAGGAUCUUUGUACUGAGAAUUUCAAGUUCCUGUGUAAAUGUUGAUUAAUGUAACUUGUUUUCUAUCUGUUUAUAAUAUGGAAACAUGCAAGCUGAUGCAGAUUGUAAAUUGCUUCCUUUUA